CUUGACUAGGUAGCCUAAAAGUCCAUCAUAUAUCAGCCUCGUAUAGUAACCGAUUAUUCAAGUUGGCGCAAGAUGAGUACGGGGGCGCAAACUAUGUAUCCAUCCGAAAAAAAUCAGUUUGACUUUUUCAAAAACAGCUUGGUAGUAGAUCAUAAUUCCCAAGACCCAGAGAAAAGCGCUCGUGAAGAGAGUCUAAUUGCCUUGGCGUACGACUGGGCGUCCAACAGUCCCGUGAAUGGAAUACCGAACGUCGUGAGGUCGCAAAAUUUGAUCAAGCGCUUCUUCUGGCUGGUGGCGCUUCUAGGGUGUUUUGGUGUUAUGGGCUAUCAGACUUGGGAACUGGUCGCUAAGUUCUACAGGUUUCCUGUUGAUACGACGCUGACAUACACCCAUUCCAAAGAAGUGUACUUUCCCGCCGUCACUGUCUGUAAUGUAAACCCACUAAGGAGAUCUAUGCUUUCAAGCGCUGGUGAUGAUGUUUACGCUCUCCUAGGGCCGCCAAAAUCACAAAUGGGAAGCAGUCCUGGCGGUGCGCAAGCACCAGCAGGUCCUGCAGGGUCCUUUGCAAGUCAGAGUCAGACCACCCAGGCAGCUGCGGGUCCUCCAGGCCCCGCCUCCUCCAGCAUAACAACACAGGCACCUGCUGCACCUGGCCCAAAAGGAAGUGGCAGUGGUGGGACAACUCAAGCACCGUCUGCCAGUCAGACCACGGUAGGUGCGCCUGCUGGCGGCGGCGGUGGGACAACUAAAGGUUCAGCUUCUAGCCAGACCACAGCAGGUGCGCCCGCUGGUGGCGGCGGUGGGACAACUAAAGGCCAGGCUUCUAGCCAGACCACAGCAGGUGCGCCUGCUGGUGGCGGCGGUGGGACAACUCAAGCUCCGGCAGGACCGCCAGCACCGCCAAGUGGCCGAAAACGCAGAAGUACCGGGACAAACAGCACUAGUACUUCGAGACGGAAACCAGGUCAAAUGAACGAGCGUUUCGAGAUGCGGAAAAGAUUUGGAAACAUUUGGGCCAAACUAAACUACACAACCCGCGAGACUGUUGGUCAUGAAUUGGAUACUAUGAUUAUUUCCUGUACUUUUAACGGAGUGACAUGCAGCUCUGCAAAUUUCACUCGAUUCAACAAUCAUCAGUUCGGGAACUGCUACACUUUUAAUUCCGGAUGGGAUUCAAGCAUUCCCGUAGAAACUAGCAGUAACGCCGGCCCUUUGUAUGGCCUGAGCCUUGAAAUGUACAUCGAGCAGUCAGAAUACAUAGGGGACCUAUCCGAGUCCGCUGGGGUGCGUGUUCAGAUUCACAGUCAGAGGUCCAUGGCAUUCCCCGAGGAUGAAGGCUUUAACAUUGCGCCAGGUUACCUCACGUCAAUGGCAAUGACGCGGGUGGAGAUUACGCGAAGGCCACAUCCCUAUCCCAGUAAAUGUCGCAAUUUCACGACCGAAGAAAGCAAGCAAAAAAGUGUGUUCACGUCCGUGCACAACGUGGACUAUUCUGUGUCGGGCUGUAUGAAGACUUGCUAUCAGCGCUAUGUGAUUUCGGAAUGCGCAUGCGGGGACCCUGCCUAUCCCUUCAGCUUGGACUUGGAAGCGUUCUCGGACUUGAAGAAUAACAUUAAUGGAACGACCGCGGAAUCUGUUGACCCUUGUGUUAGUGACGCAGAUGAUGAGUGUGUUGCUGGUAUCAAAAGAAGGUUUGCUGAUGAUGAUUUGUCUUGCGACUGUCCUUUAACAUGUGUAGAUGUUGAAUACUCCGGAGUUCCGUCCUUGGCAAAGUGGCCGUCCAAACAAUACAUGUCUACACUCCACGCGACCUUGGCCUCCGCUGGAGCGCACCUGGAUAACAUUAUCAAUGGAAAAAACGGCAUGGCCGCCGAACCUGGUGACAAUCUACUGAAACUUGAAGUGUAUUUUCAAGAGCUAAAUUUCCAAAAAAUUAGCGAAAAUGUUGCGUAUGACGUUUUUGCUCUCCUUGCUGACAUUGGAGGUCAAAUUGGGUUCUGGGUGGGACUGUCCAUCAUGGCUCUCUUUGAAGUUGUCGAACUUAUCCUGGACGUCUUCCGUCUCCUACUCUUCCGCGUGGGGAGUUUCUGCUUUAAAAAACAGCAGAAACGCCCUCCCUCCAGACAGGUGAAAGUUCAACCGGCGUCAGAAGAGAACGUCUUGACCCCCAGACUGGAGAAAGUACGAUUCACUUAGGAGAAGGGGCCCUACGAUUCAAGUAAUCGAAACUGUAUAUUUUGAGUUCAAAGGAGAGGCGAUAUUCGUGGAUUAAGAUUUGGGGUACAUGUAUUUAUGGGAUUAUUAUGCUGUAAUUUAUAAAGCAUUUAAAACACUUACCUCAAUUACCUGGAAUUGUAUUUGUCACAAAGACUGGCCUUGUAUGUAAACGCGGUAGCAUUAUUUUGUGCACUCGAGAUAAUAUCUAUUCGGCUGUCUAUUUACUUAUUUCAUUAUAGCAGCCUUAGGCAUGCAGGCGGCGUUAUGGAAUUGGUUUUUAGAUUCAAUAGUUUAAAAUACUAAACAUGUCUCCUCCUGUUCCAGUAUUUAUCAUUAUAAAACAUUUUUCUUUUCAUCAUCAUUAGAUAUGUAUUAGUUAAUUGGUUAUAUUUGUAGAUUCUGUUAAGAUGAGUACACAAUUCUUAAAGCGAUUUGCCAUCUUUAUAUGUAUAUAUUAUUAUAUAAUUUUCAUGAACCAAUAAAUAUG